AAACAACCUUUGAAUCCUGGGGACCUUACGUCAAGUGACGAAUUGUCAAAAUGCUCUAGAUUCCACCACCUGAUAUUUUUAAUCCACCUUGGACACAACCAUCACCAUACGUACUAGAGCAGAUUAAGAUUGUAGCAUACUUAUUGGUGUUUAGGGUGGUUUAAGACCGGCAACUCAACAACAUGGGUCACGGAUUUGGUGAACUUGCUAAGGUACGUGGAAUUGUCACGCACAAGAUUUCACCCUUUGAGCAACGAGCCUUUGCGAAUGUCAUUAGCAAAGGUGUCCCGAACACUCUCCGUCGAAUCCGUUCCCAGGUUUUCAUCGUGGCUCCUCCAUUCGUCAUGGGAUACAUGGUUUACAACUAUAUCGAAAAUUUGCACACCCAGAUGAAUCGCAAGAAUCCGGCAGAGUUUGAGAACGAUUCUUAAGCUAAAUAUCUAGGUGAUGCUAUAGCAUAUUUGGAAAAUAUGUCACAUGAAGGCAUGAUAGCAACAUAAUAAACAUAUUUCAAAUGUGA